CUCUUCAUGGAUACAAAAAGCUACUCUCUUUUUCUCUGUUCUCUGUGUUGAAGAAGAAUCAGAAUCUCCCCGACAGAAGCAGCAGCAGGCACAGUCCCAAAAUCCAAACCCUAACUCAAUCCAUUUCCUCAAUGCGUGUCACACUCCUCCAAGAAUCUCUCCCUCUUCCUUCUAUAUACUCCUUCCCACGCUUCCUCUCACUCUAACCCCUCCGCCAUGUCCCACCACCACCACCACCAAACCACCCUCAUGCUGCCCAAUCCCACCACCCCUAGCCGCUCUUCCUCCGCCUCCUCCUCCCCCCUCCCCCUCAUCCACGCCAUCUUCGCCAGAAAAAACCUCUUCUACCACCGCCUUCCCUCCCUACCCCUCCGACUCUCCGUCCUCAAACUCGACGGUUCCUCCUUCCAUAUUCAGGUUUCCAAGACCGCCACUAUUGCCGAACUCAAAGACGCAGUCGAGGCUGUCUUCGCCCACGCGCCUCUCAAGGGUCCCGCCAAAAUUUCAUGGGCGCAUGUUUGGGGGCAGUUUUGCCUAUGCUAUGAUGGACAGAAGCUAGUUACCGAGAAUGAUUAUCUUCGCAACUAUGGCAUCAAGGAUGGGGAUCAGCUUCGUUUCAUCCGCCAUGUUUCAAACAAUUGCUGUGUCCAAAGAAAGCGGUUGAAGAAAAGAAUUGUCUAUUUGAAACAGCAGAGGAGGUGCAGGUCUUCUCCAGUGGAUAGCUAUGAAGACAAAGGAAAGUGUGAUAAUGAUGAGAUUGGUUCUGACGAUGAAGCCACGGAUAAUGAGAAGCAUGAGACUGAAGAAGUAGAAGAAGAGCGUGUGGUAAAGAACAAAUUUGCCGGCUUUGUGGGAGAGUUGUUCUCUUACACUCCACUAGCAGUUGUGAGAAGAACUACAACUAAAAGCAGGAUUUGGCCAUCAACUAUUCCCAGAUGUUUGGUGGGUAGUUUUAGAAAGAUUAGAAGUAUUGUAUGCUUUGGCAAGAGGAGGCCCUAUUCUCGGAGACUUACAUGGAGACAUAUGGGUUAAUAUUUGGAAGAACUGUGUCCAGAAUGACACUAGCCAAGCCAGAUGAAAACUGAGAUGUGAAAAUUUUGGUUCCUAUGGAAAUUGUAUUGCCGGUAUUGACCGAGAGAUGGCAGCUAGAAGAUGUUGAUCUUGCAUAUUUUCAGUUACUUCUGAAGGUUAGAAACAUCGAUGACUUCAUCAAUGAUAUAUGGGUUUAUUUGAUCCUUAAAUAUAGAUAGGAACAUGCAUCCUUCCUCUUGGAUGGUAAUUAAAUUUAGACUCAGUGAAUGUAUGCCAUCGGUGCUCAUGAUGUGAAGAGGAGUUGCUUCUUAAAAUAGUAUUUGAAUUUCUAGCA